AUGGCGUCGACUACAUCUGAGACCGCUUCGCCAAUUGGUAUCGCCAAUUUACCCAACCAACGACACAAGAUUGUCGCGAAACGGGGUGCCGCCUUCACGAUUAUGGUUGCUGGAGAGUCUGGCUUGGGCAAAACCACAUUCAUCAACACCCUUUUCUCGACUACGAUCAAGAACUAUGCAGACCACAAACGCCGACACGCCAAGCAGGUUGACAAGACCGUUGAGAUCGAGAUCACAAAGGCUGAGCUCGAGGAACGACCUGACGUAUUAUUUCGGUUGACCGUUAUUGAUACUCCUGGCUUCGGCGACUAUGUCAACAACCGUGAUUCAUGGAUGCCCAUUAUUGAGUUUUUGGAUGACCAGCACGAGUCCUACAUGUUGCAGGAGCAACAGCCACGCCGUAUUGACAAGAUCGAUCUCCGUGUCCACGCUUGUCUGUACUUCAUCCGCCCAACUGGCCACACCCUGAAACCACUAGAUAUCGAGGUUAUGAAGCGUCUCAGCUCCCGUGUGAACUUGAUUCCAGUCGUUGCAAAGGCCGAUACCCUAAGUCCUUCCGAUCUUGCCCGCUUCAAGCAGAGAAUCCGCGCUGUCAUCGAAGCCCAAGGUAUCAAGAUCUACCAGCCUCCAGUUGAAGAGGAUGAUGAGCAAGCUGCUCAGCACGCCCGCAGCUUGAUGGCUGUCAUGCCAUUCUCCGUCAUUGGUUCCGAAAAGGACGUCAAGACCAGCGAUGGCCAUAUUGUCAAGGGUCGCCAGUAUUCCUGGGGUGUUGCAGAGGUUGAGAACGAAGACCACUGUGACUUCAAGAAACUCCGCUCCAUCCUUAUUCGAACACACAUGCUUGACCUCAUCCACACCACCGAAGAACAGCACUACGAAGCCUACCGAGCACUUCAGAUGGAGACUAGAAAGUUCGGAGAGGCCCGACCAAGAAAGCUCGACAACCCCAAGUUCAAGGAAGAGGAGGAGAACCUACGAAAGAGAUUCACCGAGCAAGUCAAGAUCGAGGAACAGCGAUUCAGACAGUGGGAGCAGAAACUCAUUGCCGAGAGAGACCGACUCAACAAGGACUUGGAGACCACUCACGCAGCGAUCAAACAACUCGAGCAGGAACUCGACCAGAUGCAGGCCCCACAAGUUCGCAGUCAUGGUCGCCGUUAA